AAAUUACAAACAAAAAGGCAGUUUAAUGUUUCAUUUUCAUCGGACAACCAAAGUGAAAUUACAGAAGCUCCAAUGCUAUCCAUUUGAGUCUUCCUCUCUGUUUGGCUUUGCUCUGGAGCACUCUAACUUGCUUGAAAUAUGCAGCUUCGCGCUCGCCUGAUGAAGUCCGUAACUCUUCCAUCUUCUCCUGCGUCUACCACCCUUCAAGAAAUCGCUGCCAACAGCAAAGGUAUUGCAAAACUUGUCUUGAAAAAGGGCAAGACCCAACUUUUCAAGGAUGGAAGUCCAAUGGUUUAUAGUGGUGCAGUGGACAGGAUAAUUGGUAGACCACCACCCAAAUCCGGAGAUGUUGUGCUAGUAGCAGAUGGGACAGAAAAGCCCAUUGGAUGGGGGAUGUACAAUGCAGUCUCCAUGUUUUGUGUUCGCCUCAUGCAACUAGAAGAAGAGACAGCAAGAGAUCCAUCUUGUGCAUUGAACAUGGAGAAGCUUCUUGAAACUAGAAUUCAUGGUGCUCUAGAAUUACGUAGGAGUCUUGGGCUUCCAUCUAUGGAUACAAAUGCAUAUCGUCUUGUGAACAGUGAAGGAGACAGGUUGUCGGGUCUAAUUGUUGAUGUUUUUGGCAAUCUUGCUGUAGUAGCUUCAUCCGCUGCUUGGGUUGAGAAAUAUAAAUCAGAAAUUGAGUCCUGCAUCAGUAGAACCUGUGACAUUGAUCUUAUAAGGUGGAGACCAUCUGUUGAUAUCUUAAAAGAAGAAGGAUUGGAUGUAUCAGAUCUAGGAGAACCACACCCAUCCCAUUCGCUUGAGAGGGUGAAGGUAUUAGAAAAUGGGAUUGUUUAUGCGAUCUCAUUGGAAGGUCAGAAAACAGGAUUUUAUGCUGAUCAACGUGAAAAUCGUAAGUUCAUAUCAACAAUUUCAGAGGGACGUAAAGUUCUUGAUAUUUGCUGCUACAGUGGUGGCUUUUCUCUAAAUGCAGCACGAGGUGGUGCUGUAGAUGUUUUGGGUGUUGAUACCUCCAUACCUGCUUUGGACCUUGCGAAAGAAAAUAUCUUUCUCAACAAUCUUGAUCCAGGAAGAAUAACUUAUUUGAGAGAAGAUGCAACUGAAUUUAUGAAAUCAGCUGCUUCAAGGCAUGAAUCUUGGGAUUUGGUUAUUCUGGAUCCCCCAAAACUAGCACCUCGGAAGAAGGUUUUACAAAGUGCAUCUGGUAUGUAUAGAAAUCUAAAUUCAUUAGCCAUGCAAAUAACGAAGAGAGGUGGUCUUCUCAUGGCAUGCUCAUGUUCAGGGGCGAUGACCCAAAGUGGAUUGUUCUUACGUAUUCUUCAGAGUGCUGCUUCAAUGGCAGGUAGAAAAGUCACAGUUUUACGUCAAGCUGGAGCAGCUUGUGAUCAUCCUAUUGACCCAUCCUAUCCUGAAGGAGCAUACCUUUCCAAUGUCUUGCUUAGAGUACUGUAGACAAUUAUUGUUCCAUGACAAAUAUGAAGGAUCUCCAAGUCGUCUGAAAACAGAAAAAUAGCAUCAGUAAUAGAUUUGAGGGUAAUAAAUGGUUAAGGUAAUCAUCUGCAUUGAAAAUAUUACUACCUUGGGUU